AUGCACGUCCUGUCGCUCAUCACCGCUGCGUCGCUGAUCUCCGCUCCUCUCGUCGUCGCCGUCCCGUCAUCCGGCGUCCACGAAUUCCAGUCCCCCUUCGAUGCCUCCCACUCGCCCCCGCCGUCCUCUCUCGACCCCUCUCCGCCCAGGGUAUGGACUAAGCUACGUGAUUCCAUCAUAGAGACCAUCUGGCGAGUCCCAAACAGCCGCCGCCGGCCGUCCGGUUCAAAGUCGCCCGUUUUGUGGCCCGAGGUCCCCUCCUCCAUCCGUGCACGGUAUGGCGACGAUAUCGUACUGCGGUUCACGAUCAGAUCAGAAAGCGAUGUCAACGCUCUGUUAGAAGCGUCCAAUACUCUUUUCCUCGAUGUCUGGGCAUCUACGAACGAAUGGGUUGAUAUCAGGCUGGCGAAGGAUGUUGUACCAUCGCUGUUGGGGCUGCUUCCAGCCUCACUGAAAUCCGCACAUGUCCCCGUACUUCAUGACCUGGCCCAGGCCAUCUACGAGUCCUACCCUCAGACCUCCACAAUCCGCGACCAAACCCGUGCCUUUUCCCCGUCGAUUCAGCCCGACUCGGAGAAUCAAAACAUUUUUUUUCAGGAUUAUCAACCCCUUUCCGUAAUUUUACCGUGGAUGCGCUUGCUGGCGUCCAUGUUCUCCUCUCAUGUUCGCCUGAUAAGCUUGGGAACUUCCGUCGAAGGUCGCGAGCUUAUGGCCUUCCGUAUUGGUGCUCAUCCUUCAGACCCUAGUCGGCCGGUUAAACCACGCAAGACUAUCAUUGUUACUGGUGGCACGCAUGCCAGAGAGUGGAUCGGCGUUUCUACCGUAAACUAUCUCGCAUAUUCUCUCAUCACGGGUUAUGGAAAAUCAAAACCAAUCACAACUUUGAUCGAACAGUUUGACUGGGUUUUAAUACCUACAAUUAAUCCCGAUGGAUACGUGUAUACUUGGGAGACGGACCGUCUAUGGCGAAAAAACCGACAAGAAAAUGACCUAGCAUUCUGCCCCGGUAUCGAUCUGGAUCGAACAUGGGGCUUUGAAUGGAAUGGCAACGAUAGUAGGAGUAACCCCUGCUCCGAAGAUUUUGCGGGAAAUGAGCCCUUUGGCGGCCUAGAGUCAAAGAAGAUUGCCCAAUGGGCGCUCAACGAAACCACCGGUGGCAAUUCAACACUUGUUGGCUUCCUAGACCUACACUCAUAUUCCCAGCAGAUCUUAUACCCGUAUUCAUAUUCCUGCGCUGUUAGUCCUCCAACCUUGGAGAAUCUCCAAGAGCUGGGUCUUGGGAUCGCCAAGGCUAUUCGCCAGACCGACAGUCAACAUUACGACGUGAGCCCCGCUUGCGAGGGUCAAGUUGAGAUUGGCCAUUCCCAGAAGAAGGAAAAGAAGGGCGCUACUUUAAAACGUAUGGAGAGUGCUGGAGGAAGUGCGUUGGACUGGUUCUAUCAUGAACUGCAUGUUCGAUACACCUAUCAAAUUAAACUCCGGGAUAAAGGGAGCUAUGGCUUCUUACUUCCCAGAGAAGAAAUUAUUCCUACAGGAAAAGAAGUCUACAACGCUGCACUGGUGUUUGGUAAAUUUUUACUCGGCAAAGAAGCCGAUACUAUGGACUGGGAUGCCGAGUUCCAGUUCUCUAAGCAAACUAAUUCUAAUGAUGCGUACGUGCAAGGUGAUAUUCUAGAAGAUGGGCAGGUUGACAGUAUCCACGAAGAACAAGAGGAUGCGAAUAACGACUAUUUACUUUGA